AUGGGUCAUGGGUUUGAGAGAGUGAUAUGGAUGAGGUGUGUUGGUGUGUAUUGUUCUCUCUCAGAGGGUCUGCCGUGUUGUCCAGAUGCUGGCCGGACCUGCAGCAAAGCUCCGGAGGUGGCCAGCGUCAGAGUCCAGCUGGAGAUGCAGAGCCUGUGGCGGCAGUUCGACCAGCUCGGCACUGAGAUGAUCGUCACAAAGGCCGGAAGAAGGAUGUUUCCCACAUUUCAAGUACACAUUUCAGGCAUGGACCCUGCUGCAGAAUAUGUUCUCCUCAUGGACUUCAUUCCUGUUGAUGACAAACGAUACAGGUAUGCCUUUCACAGCUCCUCGUGGCUGGUGGCUGGACGUGGAGAUAUAGCGGCCCCGGGACGAGUGCACUUCCACCCGGACUCUCCGGCUCGAGGAGCGCAGUGGGUCAAGCAGACCGUCUCCUUCGACCGCCUCAAACUCACCAACAACCUGCUGGACGACAACGGCCAUAUGAUCCUGAGCUCCAUGCACCGGUAUCAGCCGCGGCUGCAUGUGGUUGUGGUGGACCGCAGCUGUGACGGUCAGCGCUUCGCUCAUCGUAACUUCUGCACCUUCAGCUUCCCAGAGACCCGCUUCAUCGCAGUCACGGCCUACCAGAACCACCGGAUCACCCAGCUGAAGAUCGCCUGCAACCCCUUCGCCAAAGGCUUUCGUACAGCGGACUCUGAGAACAGGCACGCCGCUCCGGCUCAGACCGAGUCUGCUGGCCUGUGUUUACCGUGGAGUGUGUUUGAGGAGUCACGUGAAGAUCAGCGCCGGGCGAGCGCUCCUGGAGCCCUGCAGACGCUGAUGAGCGAGACUACGCUCUCGUAUGACGGAGGAUCUCAGUACUACAGCGCUCCUCCUGCGCUCCUCACACACUGGAGCGGCCCCAGCACUGCCCACAGAUGACCUCACCUUCUAAACCAGCCCGCUCUCAUAAAAAUAAGUACCUCUGGGCACUUUUUGCGCAACACCAUUCUUAUGUGUCAAUGUUUCUCUGCAGUUUCAGUGAGAAAAGUCCAUUGAGUGGCGCUAAAACACAGGUUCAAUAUGUGAACCCUGGCACAUUCUUAUUACACUGAGAGAGUUAUUGAAACGGUUCAGAACUGAAAUGUCUGUGGACCUUUGCUAAAAUCGUGUUUGAAAUACCAAAUCAACCCUAAACCUACCUGAUAGUGUUAACAGAUGCAAAACUGACAUAAAAACACACACAAAGAACAUCUACCAGUCAUGACAUGAUAUUCUUCAAGUAAUUGUACAGGAUAUGCUUUAUUAAUAGAAACUCUGUAAAUUUGUGUGAAAAGGAAGUUGUACGGCCUCUAGUGUUCGUUUCUUUUGGAGGCUGCAGUGAUAUGUACUGAUUGGAACGUAAUUUGUGGACAAGGUACGUUUAUGUCACGAGAGCAGGUAGAUCUAAACACCUGAAGGUCUGCUUCACUCAUUCACAUCAAAUGACACCAACAGCCACAGCAACAAUAAUCCAUUCAGAUCAAAGCAAUUAGUUUGAGAUUUUCAGUUUAGAUAGAAACAGCUCCUCAUGACAAUAUUUUUCAGAUUUCUUGUGUUAUACAUGGCUCUGUGAAGCGUAUAACUCUGUGUUCAUGGAUAUAUUCAUAGGCUCAAUCUAAAGAGAUCAUCAAUCUUGAGUCUUUCUUUCAGUGAAACAAAAGUUAAAUGUGUCUGAAAUAGUUACCAUAGUUUUAGUGACAAUGGCAUAAAAGUAUAAAAACUGUCCAAACUGUUUCAUUUCAUUAGAUUUUUAUGAUUCAAUUUGUACCACGGGUGAUUUUUACCUCACCUAUGAAGGAAAACACCCUUCAGUCUGACAGCAGUCUGCUUUAAACGUUUCCAGCAAAAUACAGGCAGGCAGGUUUAGCUUAGAAUUACAAUAUAAUCAAUAAUUAUAAAUGACACAAUUAUAAUAGCCUGUUUGAACAUUUUGUCAUCUCAUGUUUACUUGAAGUCAUUUUUAAAUAUAAAAUCCAAAUAUUUUUUCUUCAACCAAUUAGUUGAAAUACAUUUGAUGGAAAAUCAAAGGAUUUGAUGUUUAAAACAAAAUACUGUUCUCAUAUUGUAAGACAUGUGGACUCCUUUUGUUGUUUUGUCUUGUGCCAUGUGUUCGCUGUGACCUAAUUUCAGCAAAUUGUCUAAUUGUCUUCAGCUGUGUCUCGUUUAUUAAGUAUUUACGCUGUGUAUUUAAGUCCAGUUUGAGUUCAGUUUGUCUGACUUCGUCUUUUAUAUGUGAGGUUUAUGUUCUGCCUGCCUAUUUGUUUCUUUUGUGUUUGGAAGAUUAAAAGAUUUAUGUUAGUAGCGUUCUCGCCUAGCGCUCCUUCUCUGACGCAUAUCAUAUAAACCCGUGAUGCUCUACAAUUUCUUGUGCUUCAAUACAUCUCCAGUGUAGCUUCAUGAUGAAAACUCACUCGAGGUCGCCAUCGUUUUGUCAAGAUAGACAUGAUCCUGGAUCAACAUUACUGCCCAAAAAUAUAAACCUAACCCUAGCCAUAAUUUAUUCCUAAAAUCAGUGGGAAAUGAUAGCUGAUUAGCGAGGGUUAUUGUUAUCCAUCAUUUCUGAUUGUUGACUGGAACGUUGAUCUGGUACUCUGUGAAAUCACGCUCAUCCUCUUAUAGUCUCAUGGUUCUUUUGUGAAAAACAGUAGGGUGGUGUUUCCCACUCCACUCUACACAUUUUUGUUCUGACAUUGGUAAUAGAAGAUGUUUAAGUGAUUUCGGGUGGAUAAUUUGAUGUAGCCUUGCCAUUAUUUUUGUUUACACAUGAAAACAUAUUAAAAUGUAAUAAUAAUAACUACUAAAACUGAACCUAUGUUUUAUUUUCUUUUUAAUCAUACAAGAAUCCAGCAAUAGCAGUAAAAUACUGUGGUAUUCACUGAGCUC